AUGAGUUCACGCUGGCCAUUCGUGGCUUGGGGUAUGGAUGUAGUUGUCGAUCCAUCCGCUUCAAAUGGGCACCAAUUCAUUUUUGUUGCCAUUGACUACUACACCAAAUGGGUGGAAGCAACAUCGCACAAAUCAGUGACAAAGAAAUUAGUAGCCUAUUUUGUGCAAAACAACAUCAUAUGCCGCUUCGGCAUACCCGAGUACAUCAUAACGGCUAACAGGGAAAAUCUUAACAGUCACCUAAUGAAGGAUAUCUGCGAGCAAUUCAAGAUUAAUCAUCGGAACUUAACUGCCUACUGGCCACAAAUGAACAGAGCUGUAGAAGCGGCCAAUAAGAAUAUCAAGAGGAUAUUGAGGAAGAUGACAAAUAAUCACAAGGGUUGGCACGAACAACUGUCAUAUGCUUUACUGGGAUACGUCACAACAACCUGUAUUUCAAUAGGGGAAACUCCGUACUUACUUGUUUAUUGUACUGAAGCAGUCAUACUUGCCAAGGUGGAAAUACCAUCAUCGAGAAUAACUCAAGAAGCUAAAUUAGACAAUGGAGAAUGGGUCCAAGCUUGA